UGGAGAGAGAGGAUCUGAAACAUCAAACUUGUGACGACAUGACACACGUGCAUGUACUUUAUGUCUUGUUCCGCCGCCAACACUGUCCCAAUCAUUCGAAACAAACGCAAUUUUCUUUCUAAACAAACUUUGUCUCCAUCUCCAAAGUAGUAACAUUUUACAAAACAAAAUGAACAUGAAACUAAACUCAUCUUUAACAACACUCACCAACACUUCAAAAAACCCAUUUUUCAGAUUUAUACAUUACUCCAUUUCACUCAAAUUCAUUUCCAACACCGUUUUAUGUGUUCCUCACAUUGCACACAACCUGUUUGAUAAAAUUCCUCAUAGACCUACAACCCUUAAAGAGCAUAACCAAUUACUCUUUAGUUACUCGCGCGAUAAACAAACCAAAGAAGCCCUUAACUUAUUUGUUUCUCUUCUUCAUUCGUCUUUACAACCCGACGAAUCCACAUUGUCGUGUGUUUUCAAUAUUUGUGCUGGUUCCUUGGAUGGGAAAUUGGGUAGGCAAGUUCAUUGUCAAUGUGUUAAAUUUGGACUUGUGGAUCAUGUUAGUGUUGGAACUUCACUUGUUGAUAUGUAUAUGAAAACUGAGAAUGUUAAUGAUGGAAGAAGAGUUUUUGAUGAAAUGGGUGAGAGGAAUGUUGUGUCUUGGACUUCGUUGCUUGCGGGUUAUUCAUGGAAUGGACUCUAUGGUUAUGUAUGGGAGUUGUUUUGUCAGAUGCAAUAUGAGGGGGUUUUGCCUAAUCGGUAUACAGUUUCUACUGUAAUAGCAGCUUUGGUUAAUGAAGGUGUUGUUGGUAUAGGAUUGCAAGUUCAUGCUAUGGUUGUGAAGCAUGGUUUUGAGGAAGCAAUACCUGUGUUCAAUUCGCUGAUUAGUUUGUAUUCGAGGUUGGGGAUGUUGAGAGAUGCUAGAGAUGUUUUUGAUAAAAUGGAGAUCAGGGAUUGGGUUACUUGGAAUAGCAUGAUUGCGGGAUAUGUCAGAAAUGGACAAGAUUUGGAGGUUUUUGAAAUUUUUAAUAAAAUGCAACUUGCAGGGGUUAAGCCUACUCACAUGACAUUUGCUAGUGUUAUUAAAUCAUGUGCUAGCCUUAGAGAAUUGGCGUUAGUUAAACUGAUGCAAUGUAAAGCUUUGAAGAGUGGUUUUACCACGGACCAGAUUGUCAUAACUGCACUCAUGGUAGCAUUGAGUAAGUGUAAAGAAAUGGAUGAUGCGUUAAGUCUAUUUUCAUUGAUGGAAGAAGGUAAAAAUGUGGUGUCUUGGACUGCUAUGAUCAGUGGAUGCUUGCAGAAUGGUGGUAAUGACCAGGCUGUGAAUUUGUUUUCACAAAUGAGGAGGGAAGGUGUCAAACCAAAUCAUUUCACGUAUUCUGCCAUCCUUACUGUACAUUAUCCUGUUUUUGUUUCUGAAAUGCAUGCCGAAGUUAUUAAAACUAACUAUGAAAGGUCUUCUUCAGUAGGAACUGCACUUUUAGAUGCUUACGUUAAGUUAGGAAAUACUAUUGAUGCUGUUAAAGUUUUUGAGAUAAUUGAAGCGAAAGACUUAAUGGCAUGGUCAGCAAUGCUGGCAGGAUAUGCACAAACAGGAGAAACUGAAGAAGCUGCUAAACUCUUCCACCAAUUGAUAAAAGAAGGGAUUAAACCGAAUGAGUUUACAUUUUCCAGCGUCAUUAAUGCAUGUGCUUCUCCUACCGCGGCAGCAGAACAAGGAAAACAGUUUCAUGCCUAUGCAAUUAAAAUGAGAUUAAAUAAUGCUUUAUGUGUAAGCAGUGCUCUUGUUACCAUGUAUGCAAAGAGAGGCAAUAUCGAUAGUGCGCAUGAAGUUUUCAAAAGGCAGAAGGAGAGGGACUUGGUUUCUUGGAACUCAAUGAUCUCUGGAUAUUCACAGCAUGGCCAGGCCAAGAAAGCUUUAGAGGUAUUCGAUGAGAUGCAAAAAAGAAACAUGGAUGUAGAUGCCGUAACAUUCAUCGGAGUCAUUACUGCCUGCACUCAUGCCGGCCUAGUGGAAAAGGGUCAAAAGUACUUCAACUCAAUGAUCAAUGAUCAUCAUAUUAAUCCAACAAUGAAGCACUACUCUUGCAUGAUCGAUCUAUAUAGCCGUGCAGGGAUGCUGGAAAAAGCCAUGGGUAUCAUUAACGAGAUGCCAUUUCCCCCUGGUGCAACUGUGUGGCGCACUCUCUUGGGAGCCGCUCGAGUACACCGAAAUGUAGAGCUCGGAGAACUUGCUGCUGAAAAACUUAUUUCUCUUCAGCCAGAAGACUCCGCUGCAUAUGUCCUAUUAUCCAAUAUGUAUGCUGCAGCAGGAAACUGGCAAGAAAGAACAAAUGUGAGAAAACUCAUGGAUAAGAGAAAAGUGAAAAAAGAACCAGGGUACAGCUGGAUUGAGGUCAAAAACAAGACAUACUCAUUCUUAGCUGGUGAUUUGACACACCCUUUGUCAAACCAAAUCUACUCAAAACUUUCGGAGUUGAGUAUCAGGUUGAAAGAUGCAGGUUAUCAACCUGAUACAAAAAACGUAUUUCAUGAUAUUGAAGAUGAACAGAAAGAAACUAUUCUUUCUCAUCACAGUGAAAGGCUGGCUAUUGCUUUUGGGUUAAUAGCUACACCUCCUGAAAUCCCCAUCCAGAUUGUGAAGAAUCUUAGGGUCUGUGGAGAUUGUCAUAACUUUACCAAGUUAGUAUCACUGGUUGAACAGAGAUAUAUCGUUGUCAGAGAUUCAAACCGGUUUCAUCACUUUAAAGAUGGAUUGUGCUCAUGUGGAGACUACUGGUGAUAUUUGAACUAUAAUGUGCUGUUUUGAAGAUACUUAAGCUUCAUGUGCACUAGACCAUUUUUUUUUUUGCAAAGAAAAAUUUAGAUUAGGAGAGACACACUUCCAUAUAAGGUCCGGGAAAACUACUACCCUCAUUGAAGAUUUACAAUAGAGUUUAUGUAUAUUUUACUAUGGAAUUUCAGACUUAGACCCGUCAUAGAGACCUUUGUUUGCUAGAGAAUCCUUGAAAGCUUCUCCAAGAAGGAUUACUUUUAAUGGAAGCUUUAUGCAAGGAGACUCAUGGGAUUAGAAACUGAAAGCCCAAGUUUAUUAUAUUGGUUCUCCACUCUGACAUAGACCAUGGUAGAUAUUUUUCAACCCGUGGAUAAUGAUCCAUCAACAGAACUUUCAGAAAAUACAUACCUUUAAUGUUGCUAUGAUAAAAGUUCAUAGUAUAUCUAAAAUUUGUUAACUGAUUGCAGGAAUUCUCAAAAGUCCCAGCCAAUUUUGCUUAUGAACUGACUCAAGUCAAGUGAUAAUUCAUUUUCCCCUUAUAACUCACAAAACAGGAAUAUGUUUAUUGCAUAUCUUCCCCCUUAUUUUUUUUUUUAACUGUCAUUUAUUCAUUAGCAGCUGUAAUUGAAUUCUAGAUUUUGAAAUUUUGUAAUGUUAAACCAAUUAACCUUCAUAUUGAUACAUUUAAUUCUUUUGAAAAUAUUGACUCCGCAAC